UCCGGUGUCGCACUGUCGCAAUCUGCUGCUCCGCGAUGCCUGUGGCUGCUUCUAAACCGCUCCCGGAGAGACAACCUUUCCUGCCCGAUAACUGCCGGGUGGAUAUGAACGGAUCCGCAAGCUAUAGGGCUGCUCCUGCCCCCCAGCAGCCGGCUGACCCACUGGACAAUGGCAGUGCUGGCGCUGGGGACCCGGAAGCACCAAAGAACCAAGGGUGCCGCUCAUUACGGCUGAGAUUUCAGCAGGAAAUCUCCCGGCACAACCUCUGUAUUCUACUCGUUGGAAUAGUGAUUGGAAUAGUGAUUGGAGUUCCCAUUGGAAUAGUGACUGGAAAAGGAAUCAAAAGAGAGAAUUAUAAAAGUACAACUCCAACUCUCACAACUACCCCUGGACCGUGCCCUCCUGCCUGCCCGGACAAGUGGACCUUAUAUAAUAGAACCUGCUAUUUUGCAUCUCUCGACACUGGAGACUAUAAUUCUGCCAAGAGCUUCUGUGAUAAAGAAGGAGCGACUCUUCUGCAGCUUAAUAACGAGACAAUGGAGGUCAUUAAAUACUUAAGAAUGGAGAAAACUGAUCUCUGGAUCGGCCUACAGAGAAACUCAGAAGGAAAGUGGCAGUGGGAGAAUGGGACCUUGUUGGCAGGGGACAUUAAGGAAGACAACAAUGAAAAUCACGGCUGUGCCUCCUACGAUGGAGAAAUCCGAGCGCUGGACUGUUCUACUAGUCGUGUCUGGAUUUGUAUGAAAAAGAACUAAUAUUCCCACAAACUUGCUGUGAAAC